CCCUCGUGUCGUCGCUACGGACGCGCCGUCACGUCAUACGGCAGGAGGAAUGACCAUCGUUAUGGCCGGUCUAUCUACAGCGGAAAUAUGCGAAAACACUAAAUUGGCCCGCGAAAUGGCCGUGAUGGGAAACUACGAUUCGGCCGGCAUCUACUAUGAGGGAGUACUGCAAAUGCUACGCAAGCUGCUGGUCGGCCUCAGUGAGCCACUGCAAAAAGGCAAAUGGUUAAUGAUACAACAAGAAAUUAACAAAGAGUACAAUCAAAUGAAAGUAAUUCAAAAGACGCUUACGGAGAUCACGAUGGAUCUUCAGAACGCACCGCUCCAAGCCCGCAUCCGCACACCCCUGCACGAGACGGCCAGCAAAGAUCCGGCCGCCUGGUUCCGGGCCGAUCCAGACAUCUGGAUGCCGCCCGCUUCCGGUCGCGGUGCCAUGGAUCCGGAUGUGUGGGGACCACCGCCAGAUAUGCCACCACCGGAUCAUCGCCGAGCCGUGGCACCCCGCAACCAGUCGCGCUCCAGCACAGCACUGAACCGGAAGUCGGAGGUAAAUCGCCGAAAUGCGGCUACUAAAUCAGCCUCCACCUCAACCGUCGGAGGACGCAAGACAAUCAGCCAAACGGCACGCGCUACGCCCGGUGGUGGUACGUCGGGAAUGAAUGGUGCAUCACGCACCGGUACGCUGACAAGAACGAAGGGUGGAGCGGCCCAGCGAAGCUCAACGGUAACUUCGUCGGGUGAUGCUGCGGCCAAUGGUAAUGGGGAGAAGAGCGACAAGGAAAAGCUGGACGACGACGAAGGCAACGGAGGAGGCGAUACGCCGGAAGAGGUGGAGCGCAAGUUCGAACCGGCCAGCCAUGCUGAUGUCGAUCUGGUGGAUAUGCUCGAGCGUGACAUACUGCAAAAGAAUCCAAACAUUCACUGGGACGAUAUAGCGGAUCUGCACGAAGCGAAGCGUUUGCUGGAGGAAGCGGUCGUCCUACCGAUGUGGAUGCCGGACUACUUCAAGGGCAUCCGAAGACCGUGGAAAGGUGUGCUGAUGGUUGGACCACCGGGUACGGGCAAAACGAUGCUCGCCAAAGCCGUUGCAACCGAGUGCGGUACAACGUUCUUCAACGUGUCCUCGUCCACGCUUACCUCCAAGUAUCGGGGAGAGUCGGAGAAGUUGGUGCGGCUCCUGUUCGAGAUGGCCCGGUUCUAUGCACCGAGUACGAUCUUUAUCGAUGAAAUCGAUUCGCUCUGUUCGAGGCGUGGUUCGGAGUCCGAGCAUGAGGCAUCGCGACGCGUCAAGUCUGAGCUGCUGGUACAGAUGGACGGUGUGAGCAAUGAUGAGGCGACCAAGAUCGUGAUGGUACUGGCGGCGACCAAUUUCCCGUGGGACAUUGACGAGGCGUUACGGCGACGGCUCGAAAAACGUAUCUAUAUCCCGCUACCGAACAGUGAGGGCCGCGAGGCACUGCUCAAGAUCAAUUUGCGCGAGGUAAAGGUGGACGAAAUGGUGGAUAUGCGCGACAUUGCGGACCGGCUGGAUGGUUACUCCGGUGCGGACAUAACGAACGUGUGCCGGGACGCGUCGAUGAUGUCGAUGCGGCGCAAGAUUGCGGGCCUGCGACCGGAACAGAUACGGCAGCUGGCAAAGGAGGAGCUCGAUCUGCCGGUAUCGAAGCAGGACUUCAAAGAGGCCAUCGCCAAGUGCAACAAGAGCGUAUCCAAAGACGAUCUAGCCAAGUAUCAGCAGUGGAUGAAGGAAUUCGGUUCGUCGUGAUGGAGCGUGCGAGCAGGACGUGCAAGGCUGCGACAAUCCACCCGUG